AUGAUAUGCGUCUGUAUUUCUCAGAACGCGACGCUGGUAUGUGAGGGGGAGACGAAAUGGAUCAAUUGCAAGAUAGGGUACCACCUCAAAAUACACGACGUGUUCUGGGGACGAAAUGACAAGACCACCUGUCCGACAGCCCCGCCCUCUUUACAGACUGACAAGAUGUGUAAAACAAACGCCGCAAAGAACCUCAAGAAGGUGCGAGACGCGUGCAUCGACGAGGAGGGGAAACCACGAAGGUUUUUCGAGAUUCCUGGGUCUGUAAAGUUCUUCGGUUUCUAUCCUAAUUGCCAGGAGGUGUUCAAGUAUGCCAAGGUCAAGUUUAGUUGUGUUAGGGAUGACGAGAAGUCCAAGAAGAAAACCGGGAAAUAG